UUAACGAAUAGUUUUGAACCUGUUACAGUACCUAACAUUUCACAUUUGCUAGCAAAAUUUUAGUCGGUUUUUACUUUUCGAAUUCUUAAAAAUUAUAUAUUUUCCUUAAUAGCUUAUAUUAAAAUAAUGUUUGAUCCAAGAAGUAAGCAUCGUCCACCAUCUCCACAGAAAAUUUUAUGGUUUGAAUUUUUGCUUAAUCCGGCUCUUUUAGAAAGGUAUCUUUCUGAACCAAACACAGAUCCCGGUCCUACUGACUUAAUCAUAAAGUUCUUGUGCAAUUCUAUGAAUCCUUAUGGUUUAGAUCAAGCUGGAAAUGCCAACUCUAAUCACAAUAACUCUGGACCUUUUUCACCUUCACCAAUCUUUGGGAAUGGAGAGGAUGUUAUUAUGGAAGCUGAAAUUUCUAAAAGCAGUAGUGAUGAUAAAGAAAGUAAAAAGAAACUCGCUCUCAAGCUGCUUGCCUUAAAGGUGUCAGCCUUUUUGAAAUGGAACCUAAAUAUAUUAGAAAAAAAAUUGCCACUAACUAUGCAGCAAGCUCUUUUGACUGAACUUCUGAAGAUCUCUAGCAUUGAUUCUAAUAUUAAUAAUACUAUAACAAGGGAUAUGUCUGCAGAUGCUUUGUUUGCUUGCAUUUUAUACAACUCUUGGGUGCUAAGAGCUGUCAUUGAUGGUAGCUUUCCUCAAAAAAACCAGAAAGGAAUAAAUGUGCAACUCCCUGGACAGAUUGAUCCUUCAAUUUUAUCUUCAGCAGUAAUCGACUCAAUUUUAAGAAAGUUGAAUGAAGAAGCUGAAAGAUGCUGCAGUAUAUUGGAAACCUACUUAGAAAUGGAGAGUCCAGUACGCAUGCCCCUCUAUCAUUGCUUUGGUGCUUUAUCUGAAGAAUGUCCAAGUCCUGACCACAAGUGGGAGCAGGGUCUGGUCCUGAGAAAAGAAGAUGUUAUUUGCCAGAUUUCAUUCGAUUUGGGGAGAUAUUAUUUUUUCCAUGAAAAGUAUAGAAAUGCAAGCAAGCAUUUUAUCAGAGCAUCAGAAAUGUAUCCAAAGAUAAAAGACCCUGUUUUUUGUCAAUUGGAUUCUUCUAAAUUGAAAGGAUUUUAUGAUGCUUGUGCUCACAUCCUUGGAUAUCAGAGUUCCGAUGCAAAUACACCUUUAAAAGAGGCACUCCAGAUUUCCGUAAAAGAAGGACACAAUAAAACUAUUGAAAUAUUGAAAAGUGAUAAUUUGAAAAUGGAACUUCCCAUUUCUUUGAGAGAUGGUGUUGAAUUAAGUGUUUUACGAGAUUAUGAAGGGAAGGUUGAUUUAUUGCUGUAUGUAGUAUUUUCCAAUGCAAUUAGGCGGACACUCAGUGGAGAGGUUGUUAUAAGCAAUUGGAAUUCAUUGCUGAAGAUGUAUGAGGAAAAAUCAUCGAUUAUACUGUGUGAGUUGUUGAAAGAUGUCAUUCCAACUGCCACUCCCUUGAUGAAAAAUUAUCUGAAAAACUUUGCUAGGUCAUUAUGUUUGACAUCAAUUCCUGCCAAGCAACUGAUGAAGAAAUAUGACAAACAUCUGUUGGGCCUUUUUACAGGAGAAGAACUUGAAAUGCUUUUUGCUUAUGGUCCCACUGCAAAAAGAGAAACAUAUAAAUUUGACAAAAGCUUUACUGAUGACAUUAAUGUUCAAGUAGCAGCUUUGGAAAGACGUUUACUCACCUGUUCUGAAGCCGUAAAUACAAAACACCUUGUGAAUCAGUUGAGGAACACCAAGUUUUAUUCUACUAAGCACAACUAUCAACACCUCUGGACACUGAAUAAAAAGUGGGAGUCUCCAGUUGCAGUUAGCAUAUUUUUAAAGAAUGUUCCUAUGAAUGUAGACCAAGAAAUGAUUCACAUAUUGCUUGCGAAAGCUGCUGAAUUAAGAGCAAUUAAGAAAUAUCAUGAAGCUAGACUUCUGUAUCAGAUGAUACAAACUGAAGUACGCAACACGUCUCCGAGAUUGAGCCGAUUUUUAAACUGGGAGCACCUCAGGGUAGAUUUGCUGGAAGUAUUGGAUUCCCCAUUCCACUUCUGUCAGUCAUCAUCCUAUAGGGCUGAAAUUGUCCAGAGAAUAAUGACAUUGCUUGCAUCAUACAAGAAAGAAAGGGAGGUACCACCAGAUCCAAAUUUGAUGGAAUUAUGCUCUGCUGUAUUGCUUAACUUUAGGGAAUGGGAAAAGCUAAUUGAAGUGGAACCUAAAAGCGAUGGAUAUAUGCAGUUUGCCAAAGUAGUUGCUUCUGUUUGCAAAGAAGUUCUGAAUAAGACAGGUAGAAACACACCAAAGGAAAUGUGGGAUACAAUUCUUCCUAUUUUUAACAAUACUGUUAAUAAUCAACACAAGAGGACAAAUUCUGGUGUUAUGAAAGAUAAUUCUCGGGAAUCCUCUCAAGGAAUUAUUACAAAGCAACAACUAUACCAGUUUAUCAAGAAGCUAAAGGAUACGUUGGUUCUAAGUAUCAUCAUUUCUUGUUUGGCAAAGUUCUACAACAUAUUGAAGGAUGAUUCUGUUGGAGAAAUAUUUUUGGAAUAUCAAGGACUUUGGCCUUCUGUCAUCUCUAAUUCUAGUGUGUUCAAUAUGAUGGCUGUAGGGGAAAUUUUUCAAAACACUUUACACCAUGCGUUGUCCAUUCACCCAACCCAUACUGCAUGGCUUCGUACAAAAGGAGAUGUCAUGUAUGUUCAAGGUCAUUAUGCAAGUGCCCUAAAAUACUACAUCUCUGCCGCUAUGGUUAGCAGUGAUUUUUUUAGCCUCCCCUUGCCAAAAGCUAUUUUUGACGAUCUCCAGUACAAGCACAUGAUUCACUGCUGCUCCAAACUUCAAAACCACACACAGGCUGCUAUCCUUCACCAAUUCCUGGAUGAGCCGAACUAUGCAAUGGCAUUCAAGGCCCUCGGGGAGAGAGUUUGCAAUGACAGCUGUGACACUUACUACUCUUGCAUAUGGGAUAUCACUCUGCUUGAAUUCCUGGUGCACCACCACACAAAGCGGGGAGAGACUGACUGCCGCCAGCAGGUGAUCCAGCUGAUUGGUCAGCUAGAACUCAACUCCAACAACAAUGAAGAGAUUCAAAGAGAAGCUGCAAGCCUCAGGAAAGGUUGGUUUUUGAGAGCUCUGGCCAAACAGUACUUGUAAAUGCUUCUAAUAUGUAAAUAGGACAUUGUAUGAUACAUUUUGUAAAUAUUGCAUCUAUAAUUCAUUUUUGAUUAAAAUAGUUUUAAGUCUUAA